GUGCAAUUUCAAAACAUUGAAGAAUAGACCUGUGUUGUCUGUCAGUGCCUGUCUCAAGAUGAUUUCUUUCGUCUUUAGCUAACAUUAGUUGCAGGUAGUGAGAGGUAAAGUAUUGUUUCGCAGCAGGUGGUCUGUAUAAGCGGGUCUAAAAAUGGCGGGUCAGCUUCUGGAGUACGAGACUGAGAUGUUUCUAAGUCUGUUCGGCGCUGACGGGCUGUUGGUGGUGGCGGAGGGGAUGGGGAUAGACCGCAUCCUGCUGCACUUCAUGCGGGUUUAUUCGGAGCCUGGAAGCCUGGUUCUUCUACUCAACACAACUACAGCAGAACAGGUGAGGAGCACGAAGACGAAGAUACAAAAGACCUGUCUUUUGCUAGGCGACGACGAAUAAAGUAGAAAUCACAGUACUGGGUAAUCAAUGGGGCUUUUAAAUUGAUCACAUUUUAACUCUGAUCACAAUUUUAGCUUGACUUAAAGAAAGGUUGCUGUCAAAAUUGCACUAAAUAUGGAAAGUUGCCCCUAAACGCAGUAAUUGUGAUUAAUAAACAGAUCUCAAGAUUGAUUAAAGUAUUUGUGAUUAUCUCUUGCUGAAAGCAGCCAUGGUUCUAUGUGUUAAUACACUGUGUGGUAAUAUAGACUGUAAGCAACAGGACACACCUCCUGUCUUAUAGGCCUUUAUUCUUUGUGUAUAUGCUGAUGGUAGGUGUUUGCGUCUCCCCUUCAUACUUAAAGCCCCUGUAAGGACUUUUUUUUUUUUUUUUUUUUUUUUUUUUACAUAUAUUUAAUAUAAUGAAACUCACCUUGAUGCCUAUGAAUAUCACAUCAGACCAUCAGCAACAAGACUUGAAAAUUUUAAAUCCUUAUUUUUAUAUUUUAUCCUUAUUUUGUCUAAAAUCAGCGCAAGGUAGUAUGUUCAUGCCUUGCAGCUGAAGAAAUUGCCCCUUUUUUAAUUUCCACUAAAACUGUUAACGAUAAAUAAUACAUUUGACAAUCAAAAAUCACCUGGGGAGGGGGUUGUUGUUUAAAAUAACUACUCAAGUAUGUAGGUGACAAGAUAAGUAAAGGUUGACCAGAGCUGUAACACUGACUUUAAAAGUCGGUCUAAAGUGUUGAAGAUGGAUCACUGCAUGGCUUUUUGGGGUUGGAGGUUUUAAACUCAACUCCAAACAAACAUAUAAAAAAACUUUAAAAACUUUAAAGGAAGCUGGGUUUUGAAAAUCAACCUUGUAUUACAAAAUUAAAUUUUCUAUCACACCCAAGGACUGUCAAUAUUCCAACAGCCAAAUGCCUGUUAUACAGAUUUUUUACUUGCUCUUUUCCAGCUUAUCAUGUUUAAAAGUCCUAAGCAGUCCAAUCUUCUCUCGUCUCAGGAAUAUUUCACUGAGCAGUUGCGAGUGGAAGGUGUCACUCAUCUGCCCAGGACGAUAACCAGUGACAUUCAGAACAAUGAGCGCUACAAUGUUUACACUGCGGGGGGAGUGCUGUUUGUCACCAGCAGGAUUCUGGUGGUUGAUUUCCUCACUGACCGUAUUCCAGCUCAUCUCGUAUCAGGUCAGACAAGAGCCACAAGGCUGAAACUAGGGCUGUGUUUCUGUUAGUGCUUGAAGUAAUUUUAAUUCUUAAUUUGUUUGACAGCAAAAAAAUGUCAAUUCUUUGUGACCUUAAGAUCAUAAAAACAUGUGCAUUCUUUUAUAGUGUAAGUGCACACUAUUAUUUAAAACAUCUUUAAUGUAAUUUUAUGAGCCAGUUUAAGUUAACUUAGUUUUUACUUAUUACAAGGAGUCAGUCGUGACUUACAAACAUGCACUAAUUUUCUCUACCACCCCACAGGCAUCCUGGUGUAUCGUGCUCAUAAAAUCAUUGAGUCAUGUCAAGAAGCCUUCAUCCUUCGCCUCUUCAGACAGAAGAACAAGACAGGCUUCAUUAAAGCCUUCACUGACAAGGCUACAUCCUUCUCCACUGGCUUCUGCCAGGUGGAGCGUGUGAUGAGGAACCUCUUCGUCAAGAAGCUCUUCCUCUGGCCAAGGUAUGAUGAAACAUCGAAGACUCUUUGGGUCAUACAUUUAGACAAAUCUAAGAAAGAAAGCCGAGUGUAACUGAGGGCAAUGCCAUAGACUGCAUUUUAUAUCAUCAGUCUGUACACGUGCUUCAUUCUAAAGGUUUCAAGCGUCAGUGAACACAGCACUGGACAGACACAAGCCAGAAGUUGUGGAGCUCCAUGUGUCCUUGACACCGGCUAUGAGGGCCAUUCAAAGCUCCAUCCUGGACAUCAUGAGUGCCUGUCUAAAGGAGCUGAAGCGCUACAACCCCACCCUUGAGGCUGAGGACCUCUCUUUAGAGAACACCCUCGGAAACGCCUUUGAAAAGGUAUGUCACUGCAGUAAUGACCGAUAUUUGACCACUUUGGCAUAGAUAUGAUGGUGAAUAAGACUCUGAGGUCAGGGUUAACUGUGGCAUCUUAAAAGUCAGCUGAAAAAAGGGAGUUAGGACUUCAAACUUUGUUCUAUAAAAAUUUUUAUACUUUCAUUGUUAGUACACUGCAAACUACAUUUUUCUCCAUGAAAAACAGACAAACAACCUUUUGGUAAUCAGAUCAUCUAAUACAGACUUGCAUGGUUCAUCAGGAUAUAUAUUUGUGUUACUUCCCUCUAGACCAUUCGCCACUAUCUGGACCCUUUGUGGCACCAGCUGGGAGCAAAGACCAAAUCCCUGGUUCAGGACCUGAAAGUACUCAGAGUCCUGUUGCUCUACCUCACUCAGUAUGACUGUGUCACUUUCCUCAAUCUGCUUGAGUCACUGCGCUCCAGCCAGAAGAGUUUUGGAUCCAACUCAGGUAAACAAGAUAUGCUUUACCUUCUGGGAGGAUUUAACUGAUUUAGUUAAGGUUAAAAAUGUACCUGCUUUCAUUUGAUAAAUCACUGCUGUCCCCGUUUGAUGACAUUUAUCUGUUGUUGUAAUUGUCAGGAUGGCUGUUCCUCGACUCCAGUACCUCCAUGUUUGUGAAUGCCAGGGGGAGAGUGUAUCAAAUCCCAGAGAGCAAGAAGAAACUCAAGGUGGGAGCAGAGGCAGAGAAGCAGAAGUCAUCUUCGAACUUAGGUAACUAAUAACCCCAUCUCCAGAGCUCUGACAACCUAUUCCUCAGAGGAAAUAUCAGGAACAUCCACUCGUAUGAGCUCUCCUGCUGAAGUGACUAAAGGCUGUGUGUGUGUUUCAGAGGUGAAGCGGGAGCUGGUGCUGGAGAAGAGCCCAAAGUGGGCGGCUCUGACCGAGGUGCUGCAGGAGAUUGAGAGGGAGAACAAGAGCUCUCAACAUGAACCAGGUUAGAUCUCAGUUCUGUUUAAGCAUAUGAGAGUCCAUCAUGUCAACAGUUUGCCACCUUUGCUGUACAGAUUUGGCUGUUUUUGAAUAUUAAUGUUUUAAAGAGACUGUUUUUUUUUGUUUUGUUUACUGUUUUGUUCACACUCUGUAGCGAGUACUUGUGUUAGUCAAACUGACCGCCAUGUCCCCCUCAGGUCGUGUGCUCAUCUGUGCCAGUGAUGACAGGACCUGUGCCCAGCUGCAGCAGUGCAUCAGGCACGGCUCAGACUGGCUGCUUAACCGACUUUACUCGCGCACAAUUGGUAAGAGGGACCCCAAUGCUGCUGCUGUUCUUGAGCUAGACUCAAACAAAAAGGGCAAAGGCUGGACUAAUAAAGGAGCCAAAGGAAAAGAGCCCGCACAAAAGAAAAGCACUAAGUCAACUAAGAGUAAACAGAGACCGUCCCUCACUCUGACCCAGAUGGUAGGGCAAAAAGAGACAGAUGAAGCAGCAGUGAUGGGCAGCAGCGGAGAUGAGGAUGAACUAAUGGAGGUGGAUGAAGAGGAGGAAGAACAGCUGAAGUUAGAUUUGUCAUCCGAUGCAUACUACGGUCUUGUGAAGGAACCGCUGACUGUCAUCCACCCACUGAAGGGCCUCACUGACCCCCACAGCCUGACGAGGGUGCUGAAAGAGGUAGAGCCCAGCUUUGUGGUGCUGUACGACGCUGAACUCAGUUUCGUCCGCCAGCUGGAGAUCUACAAAGCAAGCAGGCCCGGCAAACCUCUCAGGGUGUACUUUCUUAUCUACGGAGGAUCAACAGAGGAACAGAAAUACCUGACAACGCUGUCUAAGGAAAAGAAAGCCUUUGAACACCUGAUCAGGUAAAAAAUGUGUCUUUUAUUUUCUCCUUUUGCAUCCCUUAUCUACCUUUGAGGUCGAUGUGUAUUUUUUUCAUUCUCUCAUCUUUGUAGUCAUCUUCUCUUCUUUACAGUUAUCAGAGUUUAGCAGAUGUAAUCCAUAGUAGAAUAUUUGAUGUAUAUCCUUUGUACCACUCUCAUCGGUGCCUCUACUUUAAUUUCACUGCAGGGAAAAAGCUACUAUGGUCAUCCCAGAGGAGAGAGAAGGGAGAGAAGACACCAACCUGGACCUUGCAAGAAGUUUAGAGCCCGCCAAUGCAACAACCAACACACGGAAAGCAGGCAUGUCCACUACAGCCACUUGAAGAAAGCUAGUUAAUUGUCCUUGUUUUUGAUCGUUAUUACAAUUACAGUUUUUGUUCACAUUGACAGCAUGAAAAGAUGGACAGUGCGUCUCCAUAUCCAUGCAUUGUACAAAAGUAGAGCCAAAGUUCCCUUAAAUAGUGUACAUUUGGAGGCAGUGCCUGUGCAGUGGGGAUCAGCUGAUGAAAGUAAUGUAUUGUUGCCCUGCCCUUUCUACUAACCAAUACAUAAUUAAUAAGUAAUGAACCAGCUGAGAUUUUUCAGAGCUGUAGAUUAACAUGUUAACUCUAAUAACAGAAGCUUGGGUUCAAAAUGUUUUUCCAGUUUCACUCAUGUUACAUUUGCUAACAUGAAGGUGGACUUUUUAGAUUAGAUAUUACUUUAUUCAAAAAAGAAAUAUAAUACCCAUAUUUAAUACUCAUACUGCAGUUAGCCUGAAGGAGAGCUUGAAAUCUUCUGGCUUUACUUUUCUGCAAGCUGCCAUGCGUUCCAUCUUUUUAUGCAGUCUCAGGUCAAACCUCAUGGAUGUCCUAAGUUGUCUUCAAUAAGUGUCUCUUUUUGAUUUCUUCCUGUCCAAUUACCAGGAGGCCAGGAGCAGCCCAAAGAGCCUUCUCGAGUCAUUGUGGACAUGCGUGAGUUCAGGAGUGAGCUGCCCUCCCUCCUGCACCGACGAGGAAUGGACAUCGAGCCCGUCACUCUAGAAGUAGGCGAUUACAUCCUGACCCCAGACACAUGUGUUGAGCGCAAGAGCGUCAGUGACCUGAUCGGCUCGCUACAAAGCGGUCGCCUCUACACCCAGUGCCUCUCCAUGACCCGCUACUACAGGAAACCCGUCCUGCUGAUUGAGUUUGACCCAGCCAAACCUUUUUCCUUAAUGGCCCGAUCAGAUUUCCGACAUGAGAUAUCUUCUAAUGAUAUUUCCUCAAAACUCACCCUACUCACAAUACACUUCCCCCGGUUACGUAUCCUCUGGUGUCCCUCUCCACACGCCACAGCUGACCUCUUCAUGGAGCUAAAGCAGGGCCGCCUCGAACCUGAUGCUGCAGCCGCUCAGGCGGUCACAGCUGAGUCAGACAUGGUGGCUGAAUCAGCAGAGCUCUACAACCCCGGACCUUACGACUUCUUGUUGAAGAUGCCCGGAGUCAAUACUAAAAAUUACAGGGCUAUCAUUAAGAAUGCAGAUAGUCUGGCAGAUUUAGCCAAACUCAGCCAGGAAAAGCUUGCUGAAAUACUAGAGAAUGCUAAUAAUGCUAAGAUGCUGUAUGAGUUCCUGCACAAUAAUGCUGAUGUCCCAGCUCCUGUUCAAAAGGGCAAGCAGAAAUGACAGGCAGUAAAGCAACUGAGUUAGAUAUGAAAUAUUUUUGUAUUUGCUUGGGGAAAAUGAUGUAUUGUAAAGGUGGAUGGAAAAAAGAUGUUAAAGAUGCAGUAAGAGUAACUGAAAGGAAAAUUAAAUGUUUACUAUGUAUAGAAUGAACUGUAAGUUAUUCUAUGGUGCUAUGUCUUCCAUGUAAAUAGACACUAUGGCUUUUUUAAAUAGCUUGGCAAAGAGUGUUUUUUAAUUAAUUGAAUUGUUAAUUAAUGUUUUGUAUGACACUUAUGUCAAAAUAAAGUUUUCAGAAACAAAA